CUGGGACACCGUCUGCUCACCACAGCUCAGACACUGCAACAGCUCUGCACUGAAAACCUCCUGCUGCUUCAAUCUACACCUCAGAAUGGACUUCCAAAUGUUUGCCGUGGCGAUGCUGUUCCUGGCCUGUGUCGAGCAGAGCCUGGCCUCCUGUGUGGUGGACAGCUUCACAGUCAAAGAGGACUUCGACCCCGUUAGAUACGCUGGAAAAUGGUACGCUCUGCAGAAGAAAGAUCCCGAGGGUUUGUUCCUGCAGGACAACAUCUCAGCUGAAUACACUGUUGGAGACGAUGGGUCCAUGGUGGCCUCCUCCAGGGGCAGAGUCACUCUCUUUGGGUUCUGGGUUGUGUGCGCAGACAUGGCUGCUCAGUACUCCGUGCCCGAUCCCGUUACCCCCGGCAAGAUGUUCAUGAACUACCAGGGACUGGCCAGCUACCUGUCCAGUGGCGGUGACAACUACUGGGUCAUUGACACCGACUAUGACAACUACGCCAUCACUUACGCCUGCCGCACCCAGAAGGAGGAUGGAAGCUGUGAGGACGGCUACUCCCUGGUCUUCUCCCGCAACCCCCGUGGCCUCUCCCCACCCAUCCAGAGAGUCGUUCGCCAAAAGCAGGAGGAGGUCUGCAUGGCCGGACAGUUCCAGCCUGUGCUGCAGUCCGGAGCUUGCUAAAUUGGACCUAAGCUGGAGUUUAUUGAACUUCCCUUCAUUUCCAUGGUUUGAUCAUCCUGCUCUGACGACAGAGCUCCUCUC